AUAGUGCUUUGUGUGUUGUGAGAAAAAGACUCGUAGUUUUGCGUUGUUAACGAUUUAUCAACGCAAAACUACGAGUCUUUAUAUCUCGAUGAGAUAGGACUCAUUUCUUGUAGUUGUAUUGUGAAAUUGAACGAAACAGGAGUUUUAACCUUAAAUAUGUCCAUGUCAAGAAAAAAGUGUUGUGUUCCCGGUUGUCUGGACUCAGGAAAUACACAUCAGACUCUGCAUUUGUUCCCGGAUCCAACAAACGAUAAAGAGCGAUUUAAUAAUUGGAUUUAUUCCAUUGGAGGUGACAUUAUUGGUUUGGAUGAUCAAGAUAUAUAUAAACAUCGCAGUGUAUGCCAUGCACACUUUGAAGAAAAGUUUUGUUCUCGAUUUAAUAGAAUCAGCAAUGUUGCAGUGCCAACAUUAAAUUUGCCAGGACCUUUGGCCAUCCCAAAAUUUACAUUACUCGAAAGAAGGCCAAUGAGACAAUUACAAAAUUAUUCGACACCUCCAUUAAUAUCGACAGAUGUGAUGCUAACAAUUGCGUCCACACCUGUACCAUCUACCUCAACAUCCUCAGCAGAUCCUGUCAUCAUUCCACAGCCAACAUUGAAAGUUGUAACAAAAUCUGAUACUGUAUCCAUCAAAAAGCAAAUUGUUAAAAUGAGUAAGAAAUACGUCACGCCUGAAGAACAUAAGUUACAGCAGAAGUUAAAACAAUUACGGAUAAAAGUUAGCAAAUGCCGCAACACAAUAAAAAGGCAAUCUCUUAGUCUAAAAGCGGCCAAAACUAUUACAUCUAACCCAGUACUUUUGGCAACACUAGAAAAAAUGCCUUACCCUUCAAAGAUAUUGACAAUGAUGCAGUUCAAAGAAGCUGGAAAGAAGAGUAAAGGGAGGCGAUUUAAUUUACAAGAGAAAAUCCUAGCAUUGUCUAUAUUUGAACAGACACCUAAGGGAUACAGAUUUUUAAGAAAAAAUUUCAUCUUACCAGCACCCCAAACCUUAAAAAUAUUAAUAAAUCAAGCAGAUAUAAAACCAGGCAUCAAUAAAAAAAUUUUUGUGCAAUUAAAAAGAGUUGCCGAAAAAAUGAAACCUGAAGAGAGGCUAUGCACUUUGAUAUUUGAUGAGAUGUUUUUGAAGGCAAACCUAAGUUACAACGAAAGAAAAGACAAAGUAAUUGGCUUUGUUACAGAUGGUAAAAGUACAAAGCCGACAUUUGCUGAUCAUGCUCAGCAGGAAAAUGCAAUUAAAGAAGGAACCAGUACAGAAAAUAAUGUCACAGUUAUAGAUAACCCAUAUUCUGAAAGAGUUCCACUAAUGACGGUGCCUAUCAAUAAAGAAGACACCAAUGCUAUAGAGGAAGAACCACAGAAUGCAGAAAAGGGAUAUGACUGCGAUAAACUUCAGUCAGUAUUACCUGAUAAAAUUGCGGACGACCAAACAGAUUUACCAUUUAAAACCUGCGCAGAAAUUAAUCAAAAUACGUACUGUGAACAGGAGAAUUUUGUAGUCAUAGAAGAUAUCUCAGUUACCAUCUUAGGUAGCUCAUCCUAUCACAAUCAAAACAAAAGAGAUUUACUAAUGAACACUUUCAAUGAAGAAAACGCCUACAAUGCAGAAGAAUCGGAGAGUGGUGAACUUCAUCCUACAUUUACCGAAAUAAUUGCGGAUAAAGAAAUGGAUUUAAUUAGGAAAUCUUUAGAAGAAGACGAUAUCGACAAAGAUAAAAGUAUUACCAUGAAUAUUACAGAUAAUAAGCAGGUUCAAGAAAAUAAAAAAUCGAAAAGGUGCAAACUGAAGAAAAGUUAUGUGGAUUUUCUUUCUGAUGAGGAAGAUUUUGUAUGGGACUCCUCUUCUUGGAAAGAGACUGGCGAUGAAUCUAGUGAAAUUGAUGUACCGGAAAAGAAAAAGAAAAAAAGAGCUCAGAAUAUGGAAUAG